UCAAGUCUGUGUCAACCCCUGCCAAAGAUCAGUUGCUCUUCGACCUUUCAAGUGUUGACUUCAAAAAGACAAUCCUCUGCUCUGCUCUCGCAAUUUUUGAUUUUAUUGGAACAGUUUCUUCCAGCCGAACAACUUUUCACAACUUUUUCACAGAAGUGAACCAGUCACCAUGACUUCCAUCUUACCCAACACCAUCGGCUUCGCUCACCACCACCACCACCAGUAUCCGACUUCUGCUCCGCUUCCGAUGAUGCAACACCAUCCGUGCAAUCGAUUCGGAUUCGGCCUCAACCCGCACCAUCAAGUUCAAUCUUACCCGAUGCAACAUCACCACUACCCGGCCGCCAAUUACCACCAAAACGUUUCCCAUCAUCAAUCUGUCGUGUCAAACUACUCCAUCAGUGAAUCCAGCAUGGUGCACCAUCACCACCACCACAAACCGACCAAUCCGUGGCCGACAGUGCCCGUCUCCAUGCCGGUAAACGUCUCUUUACCGGCCCAUCAACAACAGUUUCCCAUCAGCAUCAACAACAACAACAACAACAACAACAGUGAUGGAGUCAUCAACGGGGCCAGCGUUCCGGCUGUUCGGGAUCUGCCGUUAACACCACCCGCAGAUCGUGAGACUUCCUCGUCGGCAGUUCCGUCCGUCUCUUCAUCAUCGCCCAGUUCCUACUACAUGUUGCCGUCCAACAACAGCAACUUGAUGAUGGGCAACUACUCGCAAUCUCCCGUCGACAAGUCCAUGACGCCACCGCAAGAUCACGCCGCAUCGAUGCAUCAACAACAACACAACUUACACCACCACCUCCACCACCAGCAGCAGCAGCAGCAGCAGCAACAACAACAACAACAACAACACCAACAUCAAACGGAAUCCACGCUGGGAUCAUGGUGGUCACCGGCCAGCAGCGCCAUCCCCGCCGCCGCUUCCGUCGCAACGGGCCAGUGCAGCAGCACGGAUUACGCCUUCCACCAUCACCACCAAAUGUUGGCCGCCCACCAGCAGCACACGGCCGGCAGCCUCCACCAGUCUCCGGUGGCGACGGCCACAACGCCAUCGUCGGUCCUCGACUCGAGCCGAUCUUCCUGCGCAGCCUCGACUCCUCAUCACCAGAAUCCCAGCGAGUUCCAGCAACGCGUCGCUGCCGCACUGCUCAAGACUCACGCCACGUUGGCUUCCCGUCGGUGCCGCAGGUGUCGCUGCCCCAAUUGCCAGGAUCCCACGACAGGAGCGAGCAUCACUGGACACAGCAACAGCCAGCACAAGAAGAAACAGCAUUUGUGUCACGUUCCGGGCUGCGGCAAAGUCUACGGCAAGACGUCGCACCUGAAGGCCCAUCUGCGCUGGCACGCGGGCGAGCGGCCCUUCAGCUGCCAGUGGCUCUUUUGCGGCAAGAGUUUCACGCGCUCCGACGAGCUCCAGCGUCACUUGCGGACCCACACGGGCGAGAAGCGAUUCGCCUGCCCAGUCUGCAACAAGCGAUUCAUGCGCUCCGACCACCUGUCCAAACAUUCAAAGACGCACGAGCUCAAGCGCAGCGGCAAGCGCAACAAGGACGGAGCCGCCAAUUCCAGCGAACUGGAAAACGAACACGACGACGUCGACAUUGAAGACGUCGAGAGCGACGAUCUCGCCAGUCCCAAAUGGGAAAUGCCCAAUCACUCUUAAACAAACAAAAAAAAAACAAUUUCAAAAAGGUGUCCUGAUCUACAAUUUCCCGCAAUUUUCUGUCGCUCUGUUUUGUUUUUGUUUGAAAAAUGGUCUCGCCCCGUUCUACUAUUCGCUCUGUUUUGUGUCCAUACGAAAAUCGCAUGUACAGCUCUGUAUAAAAAGAAAAUACAAACGAACAAUAAAAAUGAA